GCUGACAUUUGAGGGAAUUAACGAGUGAUCAAUCGCUAAGGCCGUGACUGUCACACACAGAAAGAAAGAACCAACCCAAAUCCCACCACACACAGACGUACGUCAGGUCACGUCAGAUGGUCUGAUCCAUCCCAUCACAAGGCACUCGGUCGUCAUCAGGCAGGACAUUAUUCGAAUGACCUGGCCGACCAACGAACGCAUCGCAACGCACCCCCACACCACACAACGAAGGGCAAGGCAAGCCACACCGCUAACGACGUCCGUCGUCCAUCACAUCAGUCAGUAGUUGACGUUGGCAUUUUUGGGUCCGAUGUAGUCGUACCCCAACUCCAGGUACUUGGCGGGCACUUUCUGGAAGCUGUAGUGCGGCACCGCCCGGUGGUCGGUGUGGAUGAAGAGCCCGUUGAGCCACAGGAGGCCGAAGUGGUUGACGAACUCGAAUUUCUUGGGGUGGUAGUGGUACAGCACCGUCAGCUGAGACUGCAGCACCGACACUAUCGCACCUGCACACACACACAGAGAGAGAGAGAGAGAGUGGGAGUGUGGGCCGGUGGGUGGGUGCUGGAGAGGCAUCUGUGGUGUCUCGCUGACUGACCGAAUUUGAGCCCUUUGUGUUCUUUGUCGUAGCCGUGGAUGGGGUCAGACGGGAUGAUGAAAUUGUCACCCAGCGUCUCGAUCUUGGGCGGCUCGUUCUUCAGAGUCUGCCACCUGCAGUACACACCAUACCAGACACAGUACAGCCACACACAUGCAUCUCCCCCACCCUCAGCUGUCCCGCCCGCUGACCCACCGACCAGUAAGCGCCUGCAAGGAACUUCCUCCAUGUGAAUUUGAGGUAGUCAACACCAUCACCCCAGUCGAAUCGCAUGGCGUCGAGGACCGGCCGCCUCUCCCAGUGCUCCUUGGCGUCGAUGCCGCCCCACCGGAACUCGUCCAGGAUGGGCCCCAAAGGCAUCCCCCGCCACUCGGCCGGGAACCAGGUGUUGUUGUGGUCGAUAACGUAAUCGUUCUUCAUGUCGUUGAAGGAGCGACCGUACAGAUCCUGCAGACAUCCACACAUGUGGAUGGGGGGCAUGUUGUCUCUAUGUCUCUGUCUGACUGACUGACUGACUCACUUCGUAGUAUCUCAUGGCCUCGACUACGUCGUCGAAUGUCCAAGUGAAGUUGCCGUAGAACUCGUCCUGGUAGCCGCCCUCCCAGUCCUGCCGUGUGGGCUGCGGCACCAGCUGACCCGUCUCGUUGAGCUUGGCCACGAUCUUCUCCUUCAGACGCCGACGACGCCGCGGCUUCUUGGUCGGCUCGGGCAACGGCGUCAGCACCUACAAACACACACACACAAGCGGUUGUGUGUUGGCCGGUGUGUGUGUGUGUGUGUGUGUUGUGACUGACCUUUCUGAGGACAGGUUUGGUGAGGCUCUCGAGUAAGUCUUGCAGCUGCGCCUCCUCCUCCUUCAUGAUCCUCUCGGUCUCUGUCAUGCCCGUGUCCUCGACGGCCAUCGCCGCGCCACGCGAGUCCGUCACACCAGUGCCCAGGCCACGGCGCUCGGGGUCGACGAAGUCCAUGAGGCCGGUGUCCUCUGGCGGCGCCGGCACCCCCGCCUCGGACACCUGCCCUUCCUCUGCGAAGUCACCUACACGGACAGUGGGAGAGAGACGUCCAGGCACCCACCCAUUUCUAUGCGCCGGUAGGUACGCACCGGGCAGCAGUGGCGGGGGAGGCGGCAGUGAGGGCUGCUGCUGGCUCCUCUGCGUGAGGACGGCGAGCGCCUGCCUGAACACGGGUCCCCAUCGAGGGUCGUUGUGGUAUCUGUGGACGCGUCGGCCCAGCUUGAGGUUCCACAGGUCGACGUCCCACGGAGGCUCGGACGGGAUCACAAACUUGAUCUUCAGGUCAUCCUUCUUCUCUAUCUCCUGGGCACACAACACACACAGAGGAAAAGGUGGGUGAAUCGGCUGCCUGUGAGGACGGUGGCUCUGUGAUGUGUGUGUGCCUACCUGGUACUGCAGCACGCCCCUGGCGAGUCUCUCCAGCUCCUGGGCGAUCUUCUCGUCCUUCUGGGUGUACAUCAGACCUGAAGCGAAGAAAGGGCCAACAGACACACACACAGCAAACAUCAGCUCAUGUGUGUGUGUGUGUUCUCGUAUAAGUGAGUGGGUGGCGUACCCAGCUUGUCGAGGAAGUCCGUGGCGCCCGGGAUCCGCCUCCUCAGAGUCACCUGGCGCCGCCGGAUGUCGUGAACCUGACAUACAAAACACACACACACACACGGAGGUAGUGGUGGAUGCGGCCUCGCUGGCUCACCUUUUUGCCGAGAGCGUAUCCCUGGAACUGGCUUGGCCAUGGCUUCUCGCGCGGCACGAAGUAGCUGAUGUCGAUGCCCCUGACGGUGCCGUAGAGGUUGAAGAAGUACUCCAGACACAGACAGGUCUUGAUCAGGUCGAUGUAUGUGCCGGGAAUCGCUGACACCUGGGCGGCACGAACUGAACAGACAUAUAGAGAGGUGGUCGAGUGGAUCCAUGUGAGCCUGUGUGCCCACCCAGCUCGUUGAAGGUCAUUUCGUUGAGGUUUUUGGUCUGCUUGGUCUCGCGGACUCGCUCCAACACGUCAGCUGCAACCAAAUAGACGAACACACAGGCAGGCAGGGAGGAGCCAUCCGUGUGCACGCAGCUGCAGCUGUCUGUAUGUGCGUAAGGCAAUCAGCAAGCAUGGCAUACGUGUGAGUAUCUGGUCCUGCAGUUCCGACCACCCCUCAAAGCCCAACGCCUCCAACUCUGCCUGCCACUCAGGGUGACGCUGACACACACACACACACACACACGCCCACAUCGACAAAAGACAGCUCUCUCUCUCUCUCUCUCUCUCGCUCUGUGUGCGUGUGUAUGUGUGUUCGUCGUUCCUUGGCUCAGCUCACUUUGAUGUAGAGUCCCUCUUUCUUGACCUGGCUGUACUUGCGGCCGAGAGCAUAGCCCCAGAAGUAACGCGGCCAAUUGGGGUCUUGGUCAGGGAUGGUGAAUUUGACCAUCAUCUUGACGGUCCCGUAGAGGGUCUUGUACACCUUGAGCAGAUUCAGCAGCGCCUCAAACUCCAGCCGCAGGUCACGCUCGAGGCCGCCAUCCGUCGAAAACACCAACUUGCCCACCCUGCACAACACAACACAACAUUGUUGACACGACACACAGAUGGACACCUGCGUCGAUAUGUGGAUGUCUGUCUGAUGUGGGCGUAUCGUACCUGCCUCCCCUCCUGAGCCUGAAUUCGCCGAUGCCCACCCCUGGUGGCGGCUCCUUGUCCUUCGCAUCGAACAAUGGGCUUGUGUCGUCAAACAGGGGGGCGGCAGAGGGCACCUGGUCCACACCCACCUGACAACCAAACAGCGACAGCCACAAUGAAUGCACCCACCCCACCCGUACAGAUGCCGCUGAGUGGCGUACUUGUUGUGAUGGCGGUGGCUGAUCGUCGCCCCUCCCCUCACUCAAACACACCACACCCAUUGGCCGCCUGUACACCCUCCUCUCGCCCACGUUGGCCCUCAGCGCCCUCCCCAUCCCCCUGUACACGACCGAUGCCCUCCCCACAAAGGCCGCUGACUCCCUCAGCGCCAUCAACAGAGAUAACACAGAGAUCCACAAGGCUGUUUGCCAUCGAAAGCAAUGGCCGAGUGAACAGACGGGAUGAUUCAUCGCCAUGGCAGCAUACGAUGAAUCAUCCGAGUGUGCCUCGGGAUAGGAAGCCUCGUGGCACCUUCCCAGAUCCUCAGUCGUCUUCAUGGCCUAUCGCCGAUGCAUGAGUUCUUCCCGUCUGGAGUCUGGAAGAAUGAGCAGACAAGUCGACAGAUCUCCCAAGCUGUCAGAUCACGCUCACGCAGCAGUGAGAUGCAGAACAGUGGUUGACUGAGGAGGUUUGAAGCUCCUGCGCCUCUGCCUG